GGAAUUAUUUUGACCUUUGCACCAUCAUCAUCAACGACAGACGACGACGACAUGGCAUCCCUCGUAGCAUCAUCGUCGAGGAGUAGCAGCAGCAGAAGCGCGCUGAAAGCGGCGAUAAGUAGCCCUCGCUAUGCAUCCACCACCACUCAAUCAACAUCAUCCACCGUCUCACCCCAGCCUCCCGCCGAAUCAGUGACAACGCCCACCUCUUCAGCCCCCUCGGUACGAGCGCAAUCCAUCUUCGUCUCCCUCCUCCUCUCUCGCCAGCCAGUCAUCACAAGGGACCCCACACCACUCGAGGCAGCCUACUUCCACUAUAAUCACCUACUGCAACGCAGACUUGCCCAGCCUUUUAGCAAGGACUUUUACUUCCGCAAAGGGUCAGCAGCAGAGACUCGCUUCGAUGAGGAGGAGGCAGCGAGGAGAAAGACGAUCGACGAUGUGGCGUCGGCAAAGAGUGUGCCAGAGCUGUCAUUGGACCCAUCAGCGACACCGCGGCGUACUCAGGCGGAUGAGAGCAACGACACCUCAUCUCUGCAUCGCGCUCUAGACCGUUCCCUCUUCCUCGCCUUCAGACAAAAGGGAUCAGCGCCGUGGAAGUUGCCCCGCACUCGAGUAGACCUCGACGCAGGAGAGACGCUCCACAAAGUAGCGCUGCGACCGUUGGAGGAGAAUCUGGGCGAGGUCAGCGCAGAGAAGAUGGAUGCGUGGAUGGUCAGUCACUUGCCCGUGGGGAUGUGGCCCAGGCCCGACAGCGGCAAGGAUAUCAAGAUGCAAGAGAAGACGUACUACAUUCGCGCGCAUCUCCUCUCCGGCUCACCAGACAAGGCCGCCGCAUCAAGCGAAUACGCUUGGCUCACCAGCGAGGAGCUCGCAGAAAAGCUCGAGUCAGAACAGUACGAGGCGGUCAAGGAUCUGCUCAGCGAGUAAAGCGUGCCAUUGUAUGCUACGCAAUGGAUUUAUAUCGUCAUCACUCGUCACUCGUCGUCACUCGUUCUUCGUCUCGCUGACCUCGUCCAGCGUAGGCACCUUGUUCGUCGGUCGACCGGCCAUCUCGGCCACCCGUAUACUGACAUCCCUCACAGACGAAAUGACCUCGUCGCUCCACCCCGCUCGGCGGCAGCCACGGAGGUGCCAAAGAGUUUCGGCGCUGUGCACGCGGGCAGAAGACUACGUCAGACAAUCUUGUGGCAUAGAGAGAGAGAGAGAAGAGGGAGCGCACGCUCACCGAAGAUUCUGGGGCACGAGUGCCGAGAGAAUGACCAGCUCCGUGGAGGGAAAGUCGAGGAUCGUGUCCUCUGAGAGGAUGAGACCGUAAUUGACC